AUGGUGCGCUGUCCUAAGCCGAGGAUGCCGUGUGUUCCCUCACAGCCGUGUGUUCCCUCAGCACUGCCCACCCCGCUCUAUCAGCUCACACCACAGCGCAGCGCGCGGAGCGGGGCGGGGCCGGUCCCGGAGGGGCGUGCCGUGCGCACGCGCGGAGGCUCCGCGAGCGACCUCGGAAGGGGCGGGGCGAGGCGCGAUGCGCACGGCGGGAGCAUGACAGGUGGCGGGAAGCGGCGGCAGCGCGCGGCGGAGCCGGCGGGAGAACAGAGUUGUUCAAUUGCACAUCAGGAAGCAGCUGGGUGCACUUUUCUUUCCAUGUCUGCAGUGCGACAAAAACGGUCAGGCCAGGCAGAGGCAAGCAAUGCCCUCCAGCAAGAAGCAGAGACAUGCUAUCAGCUGAGGCUGCCCGAGGACUUCUACCAGUUCUGGAAGUUUUGUGAGGAACUGGAUCCUGAGAAACCAGCUGAUGCACUUGUGUCAAGUGUUGGGCUUACACUGGUUGGACCGUAUGACAUCCUUGCCGGGAAACACAAAAAAGCAAAAUCAACAAAUGUGAACUUCAGUCUUCACUGGAGAUUCUUCUACGACCCCCCUGAAUUCCAGACUAUACUUGUUGGGGAUAGCAAAACACAGUAUCACAUGGGAUAUUUCAGGGAUGUGCCAGAUGAGCUUCCAGUGUGGGUUGGUGCAAAUGAAGCAAGGAAGAGCUGCCUGAUUUCACAAGUUGGUGAUAAUGUAUUUGCUGCAGUCAAAUUAUUUUUGACAAAAAAACUUAAGGAAGUGACUGAUAAAAAGAAAAAUGCUGUUUUGAAAGACCUAGAUGAAAAGCUAACAAGAAGAGCAAAAGAAUUGGGCUAUUCUCUGGAACAAAAAACCACGAAGAUGAAACAGAGAGAUAAGAAAGUGGUGACCAAAGCAUUUCAUGGAGCAGGCCUGGUUGUUCCUGUAGACAAAAAUGAUGUUGGAUACAGAGAACUUCCCGAAACGAACACUAAUCUUAAGAAAAUAUGUAAGGCCAUUGUCGAUGCUCCUACUGAUGAUGAGAGACUGAAGGCAUUUGCACCCAUUCAAGAAAUGCUCACCUACGUUCAGUUUGCUAAUGAUGAAUGUGACUAUGGAAUGGGAUAUGAACUGGGGAUGGACCUUUUCUGCUAUGGGUCACAUUACUUCCACAAGACCGUGGCCCAGCUGCUGCCACUCGCCUACAGCCUGCUCAGGAGGAACCUCUUCGCCGAGGUGAUCGAGGCGCACCUUGCAGACCGCCGGCAGGAGGGCCUGGACCGCCUGGCGCCCUGAGCCGGGGCAGCGCCAAGGUCGCACUCGCGUUUGGGGGGGGCAUGGGUUGUUUUAUUCAUUCCGUGUUGUUUUUCCACGUGGAAACUCGCUGUGUGUGGUUAAUAAAGCUUUCCUAAGGACCAG